AUGAGUGAAUUGUGCCCUGUUUAUGCUCCCUUUUUUGGUGCUAUCGGUUGUGCAGCAGCUAUUAUUUUCACAUCUUUUGGUGCUGCUUAUGGUACAGCUAAGUCUGGUGUUGGUGUGUGUGCAACAGGUGUUUUAAGACCAGAUUUGUUAUUUAAGAAUAUUGUGCCAGUUAUUAUGGCGGGUAUUAUUGCUAUAUAUGGUUUGGUUGUUUCUGUUUUGGUAUGCUACUCUUUGGGUCAAAGACAGUCCUUGUAUACCGGCUUUAUUCAGUUGGGCGCAGGUUUGUCGGUUGGCUUAAGUGGUCUAGCUGCUGGCUUUGCGAUUGGUAUUGUUGGAGAUGCAGGUGUUAGGGGCACGGCGCAACAACCAAGAUUGUUUGUGGGUAUGAUUUUAAUCUUGAUUUUUGCUGAAGUGUUGGGUCUAUACGGUUUCAUUGUGGCUUUGUUGUUAAACUCCAGAGCUACGCAAGAUGUUUCUUGUUAA